CUGACGUUUCCCCACCGCUCGCAGACACCAUGCUGACGACCUUCUGCCUUCUCAUCGGCGCGCUGACUUGUGAGACGCUGUCCGGCGUUCGCCCUCCAUGACGACAUUUUCGAGGUGGCUGACAGCACAAUGUUUUAUUAAUUUUGUUUUCAUUUGUUUUUUGACAGAUGUCGACGCGGCCAAGGUGUUGACCAUGACCCCAGGGGUCCAGACAGUUUCUGUAGGACAAGAAGUUGUUUUGGACUGCAACAUUCAAAGGGAUGAUGGCAAUAGCGUAAAUUUUUAUAAACAUAUUCCCGGAGACGCUCCUCAGUUUAUUCUGUAUUAUUACCGUACGUACUCCUCUCCUACAUUUGGAGCAGGAUUCUCCUCAAGUCGUUUUGGUGCGAAAACAUCCUCCGCCGUAAAUUACCAGUUAAUCAUUAAACAGGCAGAGGCAGGAGACUCUGCUGAGUAUUACUGUAAUACUUGGGACGGCACUGCGAGUGAAGCUGUAUUCGGAGGAGGAACCAAGCUGCUUGUGACAAGCGCUGACCUCCCUGCCCCCGUGGUGACAGUCUUCCCACCAGCAAGUUCCCAGCUCCAGUCCAAAGAGGCCACCCUGGUCUGCGUGGCCACUCAGUCGCUCCCGAUCGCAGACGUCACGUGGCUGGCUCGCGGCCUUCCGGCGAGAGGCGCCGUCGUGACCGGUCCCGCCGUGCGACAGGCGGACCGUACUUACAAGAUCAGCAGCUAUUUGACCGUGGAGACGUCCGACUGGGACGCGGACGCCGCUUACACCUGUAAAGUGUCUUUGGGCUCCAAGUCUGCUGAAAGCACCAUCAACAAAUCCAAGUGUGAGAUUUAGAUGGUCAGUAUUUAGUUUGCGGGCCGACCAGGCCAUACCAAUGAUGUGUUUGCGUGCUUAUAGGAAGUGUUUGCUUUGUCCUUGCUCGAAUGGUUCAGAAUUCUUCAAUUAAAAAAAAAAUGUCAUGAAUGUUUUUUGAAUUGAUAAUUACAUUUAGAUAGAACCACUAAUUAUUUUUGACAUGACGACUGCAUGUCCGUGCUGCUGUGUUGUGUUCAGUCCUCUUAAAUGACGAGUCACUCUCCACUAAACAUGAUGGAAAGACUCCACCAAAAGUAAUGUAUUCAUUUUCAAGUUGUUUGGAAAUUAUUAUUGAUUAAUAUAAGCAAAGCCUCUCAAGCAAACCCUUCAAAAUGUUUGUAGUUUUGUAUUGUGAGUUAAUAGUUUUAUUAAAUACUGUAGCAAAUGUUGCAAAACAGAAUUAUUUGUGAAUACAAUGGUACUUGGAAAUACAUAGACAUUUGGCAUUAGUUUGCUGAGAGUAGAUUGGCAAAUCUACGCUCCAAAAGUGCUGAUAGAUCACAAAACAACUUUUGGCAAUCGUUUUGGAAAGCGCCAGCUCAGCAGGCCUGACAGCCAAAGAACCCACAGCAGAGCGAACUG